UACUUGUCUGUCUUGCGCUUUGGUGCCAUGUCAAACAGUAAAGGACUUUCCUCUGUUGGAGAGUGUCGCUGUGCUUAAUCAUUAGCUUUGGACGUUUGGACACCAUGGCUGUGUCUCAACAUCUAGACUAGGCAGACAGCUUUAUUAGCGGCAUUAUAGGCGCGUACUUCCUUAAAGUGUCCUGAGAUGCAGUAUAUGUAGGCAGCGAAGUAGGUUUUGAGACACAGUCCACAUUCUGGACAUAGUGAAUCGGCCUGUUAUCUCCCUUCACACAUAGUGACAGUGAUUGAGGCUGGUGAAAGACGAUCACGCGUGCGCCUGUCACAAUGUCUACAGACAGAGAGCCUCCCGUCACUGCCAAACUCCUUCACCUCGUGUUUCUCUCCACCUUCUGGGGAAUGCAGAUAUGGGUCACCUUCAUAUCAGGCUUUGUAAUGGACAGCCAUCUGAACCGACACACGUUUGGCUUCAUCCAGAGCCGGCUCUUUCCGUUUUACCUGCAUAUCGGCUCAGCCUGCGCUUUCUUCAACCUCACCAUCUUUGCCAUGUACCAUCCUAGCAACAUGCUGGAUGACAAAGAGGCCUUCCAGAUCUUCAUUUUUUUAGUCUGUGUGACUGUGGCGGCAGUAAAUGCCCAGUGGUUUGGUCAGAUGACCUCAGAAAUCAUGGCAGACAUGCACCUGAUUGAGCAGGCCUGUGGAUUGGGUCAGGACAUCGGACUCUCAUCCAAUCGGGAAGCAUAUGCCAAGCUCUGCGAGACAGACCCCAAGUAUAAAAAGCUGAGUGGUCGGCUGUGGCUGUAUCACCUGCUCUCCUCCCUGUGUAACCUCUGCUGUAUCAUAUGUAAUGGAUACAGCCUUUAUUAUCUGGCAGAAAACCUCACCACACUCUGAUGACCUUCCUGCAAUGCAAUGCAAACGUCUGUGUGGCUCCGGCAGCGAUCACCUGCUUUUAGAUACUGGAUUACCUCCCGACAAAUCUAAUCAUUAUUGUUACAGAUUGUCUUUUUUAAUCUUUGUUGUGCUAGUUUUA